AUGCCUCCAAAGAGGAAGGACAAUGUUGUUAUUAAAGUGGAAGAUGUUGGGAUGGAUGUUGAUGCUGUGAUAGAUAGCGGAAGUGAAGAGGAGGCCAGAAGGAGAGCUAAAAACAGAAGAGUCAGACCACAACGUAAAGCAAAACGGGUCAGCGAUGAUGAGGAGGAUGAAGAUGAGGAGGAUGAAGAACCAAGGAGGAAAGGACGAAAGAAAAAGGCCAAGCCCAGGGACAGUGAUGAAGAAGAAGAGGAAGACAGUCGGAGUGUGAAGAGCAAAAGUUCAAGGGCCUCUAGGAGAAAAGCUGCGAAAGAGGAGAGUGAGGAGGAGAGCGAAGACGACCGACAGAAGAAGAAAAAACGAGGGAAAGGAGUUUCCAAACAGGAGAAAGAGGAGCAGAAUAAGGAGAAGAAGGGACAAGUUAAGGGGAAAGAAGGGAAGGACAAAGGUGGUGAGAAGGACAGGAAAAAGAAGAGUGGGAAGUUUAGCAGCUCUUCUUCCUCUGACUCUGACUCUGACGACCAAUCGCUGUCCGAAGGUGAGAUCGAAGCCCUAAAGGAACAGGUAGAGGAGAAGAAGAAACAGAUUGCUACUUUAAGGAACAAACCUUGGCGCAUAAAGAGAAGACUCGUAAUACUAAAGGAGGCUCAAGAUUUUGUUGAGAAAUAUGAAGGAGCUCUUGGUAAAGGUAAAGGCAAGAGGCUGUAUGCAUUCAAAGUCAUGAUGGCCAAGAAAUGGAUCAAGUUUAAACGUGACUUUGAGAACUUCAAAACAGCCUGUAUACCCUGGGAGAGGAAGAUAAAGGAUGUGGAAAGUCACUUUGGAUCAUCUGUGGCGUCCUAUUUUAUCUUUCUGAGGUGGAUGUACGGUCUGAAUCUGGUCCUGUUUGGGUUCAUGUUUGGCCUGGUGAUUGUGCCUGAGCUCCUUAUGGGUCUUCCAUACGGCUCCAUUCCCAGAAAAAUUGUACCUCGAGCUGAGCAGGACACCGCCAUGGACUUCUCCGUGCUCUUUGACUUUCGAGGAUACUGCAAGUACUCCUUUUUGUUCUAUGGCUACUACAACAGUGAACGGACCAUUGGGGUGCUGCAGUUCAAACUUCCACUGUCGUACCUGCUGGUGGGAGUUGGCAUCUUUGGAUACAGCCUGAUGGUUGUCAUAAGAACGAUGGCUCGUAAUUCAAAUGAAGGGGGGGAUGGGGCAGAGGAGGGAGAGUUCACCUUCAGCUGGAAGAUGUUCACCAGCUGGGACUACCUGAUAGGAAACCCUGAGACUGCAGACAAUAAGUAUGCCUCCAUUACAACCAGCUUCAAGGAAUCCAUCGUAGAUGAACAGGAGAGCCAGAAAGAUGAAAACAUCCAUCUACGCCGGUUCCUUAGGGUUCUGGCAAACUUUUUGAUCCUGUGCAGCCUAGGAGGCAGUGGAUUUCUCAUCUACUUUGUGGUGAAACGUUCUCAGGAGUUUUCUAAUAUGGAGAACGAAGAUCUCUCGUGGUUGGAAAAGAACGAGGUGGAGUUGGUGAUGUCUCUGCUUGGCCUGGUGUGUCCUCCUCUGUUUGAGACAAUUGCAGAGCUGGAGGACUAUCACCCUCGUGUUGCCCUCAAGUGGCAGCUGGGACGAAUCUUUGCCCUCUUCCUGGGAAACCUUUACACCUUCCUCUUCGCCUUGUUUGAUGAAGUUACAGCCAAGUUGGAGAGCGAGAAGGCAAUCAAGAAUGCCACUGAAUGGGCUUUAAAUCAGUACAUUGCCAACUACAGCUCCCACUACAACACUACAAACGUGCCUCCCCAGAAUGUUGACCCAGCCGACACCCUCAGAGGACCCUGUUGGGAGACUGCAGUGGGAAUAGAGUUUGUGAAGCUGAUCGUAUCGGACAUGCAGGUGACCUAUUUGUCCAUCCUGAUUGGAGACUUCAUACGAGCCGUCCUCGUGCGCUACUUGAACUACUGCUGGUGCUGGGACCUGGAGGCUGGGUUUCCUUCAUACGGAGAGUUUGACAUCAGUGGAAAUGUUUUAGGACUGAUCUUCAAUCAAGGAAUGAUAUGGAUGGGAGCGUUUUAUUGUCCAGGUCUGGUGGGUCUGAAUGUUUUGCGUCUCCUGGUCUCGAUGUACUACCAGUGCUGGGCCGUGAUGUGCUGUAACGUUCCUCAUGAACGGGUUUUUAAGGCCUCGGGGUCUAACAACUUCUACAUGGGCCUGUUGCUGCUUGUGCUGUUCCUCAGCCUGCUCCCUGUUGUCUACACCAUCAUGACUUUGUCCCCAUCCUUUGACUGUGGACCGUUCAGUGGUCAAGAGAAGAUGUAUGAUGUGGUCAUGGAAACUAUAGAUAAGGAUCUACCCUCCUUUAUAGGGAACAUUUUUGUAUAUGCAACUAAUCCUGGACUCAUCAUGCCUGCUGUCCUCCUCAUGGUGUUGGCCAUCUACUACCUGAACGCGGUGUCAAAAGGAUACCAACAAGCAAACUUGGACCUUAAAAAGAAGAUGAAAAUGGCUCGGGAUGAGGAGAAGAACCGCAGGAACAACAAGGACAGUACUAAUCAAGUAAUGAAAGACUUAGAGGACCUGCUCCCAGACAAGUCUCUGAUACCUCCUCCAACUGAGGAAGAGCCACCCCCUCCUGAUGUUGUGAUUGAGAAGGGCAGCAAGUCUCCUAAAAUUAAGCCAGGUGCAGCAGGAAAAGGGGUUAAACUACAAAAAGAUGUGUCAUUGGCUGCCACAAACCCCAGAGCUCCUGUCAACCGUGCCCCGGGGCCACGGAGAGCCCCUCCUGGAAAUGCCAGAGGGCCUCAACCUGGACCUGGGAGAGGAAGAGGUCGGGGUGGGCCUCCAAGACAAUAAGAGUCAUGAUUCUUGGACUGAAAUCCAACACAUAACAACCAGUAUCUGCUGACCUCUGAGGUCAUAUUCCUACUAUCUGUGCCACUAGAAAAAAAAACACAUUUUAUAAUUCUGUAAAUGAAAUUGAUUGACAGAUUAACGCUUCUCUUUUAGAAUAAUGAUAUCCUUACAUUUAUUUGCCUUUAUUAUAAGCAUUAAAAGCAGUAAUUUACACAUACCAAUUCAUAAGGU